UUUUUUUUGUUGAAUUUUUUGAUGGAAUGCUUGAAGUCGGAAGUGGAAUUUGAGCUCGGUUUUUGUGGAAAUGGUGGUCUAGUUCUUGGAUUCUUAGGGUUUUGGUAGUGGCUAAGCUCGUCUUGGAUUUUUUUUUUUUGGUUUCUGAUUUUGGAAGUUGAGGAAUUUUGGUUAGUGUGAAAAUGUAGGAAAUGAAUAAAAUGUGAUUUUGGUGCAAUGUGGCUGUGGCUCUGUUAGUUUGGGUAUGGUUUGUACUAAAGAUCAUAGUAAGGUAACAUUUCGAUGAAAAGAGUCGGUUUUGGUCAUAAAUAUAUUCUCUUAGGAAUUUAAUUUAGUUUGGCCUAGUUAUUUGAUUUUGGAAUUUAAUGGGAAAAAAGUGGUAAGGUGAAGCGUAAGAAAAGAUUUUUUUUGGUAAUUUGUUGUGCAUUGUGUGAUUCUUGUUCGGAGGAUUUUUUCUUGACUUAAUGGAAUAUAGAGGAGUUUGUGGCGCAUUCUGACAAUAUUAACUGUCUAAAUAUUGGGAAAAAGGCGUGCCGACUUUAUGUCACUGGCGGUGACGAUCACAAAGUCAAUCUAUGGACAAUUGGCAAACCUACUGCGUUAAUGAGUCUCACUGGUCAUACAAGUCCAGUUGAAUCUGUAGCUUUUAAUUCGGCAGAAGUUUUGGUUCUUGCUGGAGCUUCUACUGGUGCAACAAAAAUAUGGGAUCUGGAGGAAACAAAGAUGUAGUGGUUCGCACACUUACUGGACACAGAUCCAGCUGUUCAGCUGUUGAAUUUCAUCCAUUUGGUGAGUUCUUUGCUUCUGGUUCCAUGGACACUAAUCUGAAGAUCUGGGACAUUAGAAAGAAGGGAUGCAUCCACACAUACAAAGGUCAUACCCAAGGCAUUAGUAAUAUUAAGUUCACUCCCGAUGGUCGAUGGGUAGUUUCUGGUGGGUUUGACAAUGUUGUAAAGGUGUGGGAUCUAACUGCUGGGAAGCUCUUGCAUGAUUUUAAAUUCCAUGAAGGACAUAUUCGGUCUAUAGAUUUUCAUCCCCUUGAGUUUCUCUUGGCGACAGGUUCAGCAGACAGAACUGUGAAAUUCUGGGAUCUGGAAACUUUUGAACUGAUUGGAUCUACCAGGCCUGAGCCUACAGGAGUACGCGCAAUUACUUUCCACCCUGAUGGGAGGACAAUAUUUUCUGGAUUGGAUGACAGUUUGAAGGUUUAUUCAUGGGAGCCUGUAAUAUCCCAUGAUUCUGUUGAUAUGGGAUGGUCAAGACUUGCUGACUUAUGCAUUCAUGACGGGAAGCUGUUGGGAUGCUCUUACUAUCGAAAUUCUAUUGGAGUCUGGGUUGCGGAUGUGUCGCUUAUUAAGCCAUAUGGAGCUGGUUCAACACCUGAGCAAAAUGACUGUUUAGAUGAGAAAUCUCAUGUAAAGUUGCAAGGAAUCAUGGAGAAGGUAGAGACUGGUAUAAGGGGUCCGGGUUUGCGCUGUACAUCUCCUGAUUAUGACACAAAGGAAAUAAAGAACAUAUAUGUUGAUUCUGCAGGUGGAAAGCCAGUUACCUCACAGAGAAUUAAUUCUUCAAAAGUUUUACCCCCAUUGGAUUUAAAGGAAACCAGUGCUAAGAAGCAGAUUCCUGCAGCAGGGUUGCUCCCAAAGUCUAAUGAAAAGAUGGUCAAUAAAUCCCUGGUUUCGCCUAGCAUCGUACCUCGAAGCAGUCCCAAUGCAAAAGAUUCAGCUAACUCUGGAAGAGAAUCUGUUGCAUUUCCGAAAAGGCGUGCUAUGUUGCUCAGACCAGCUCAUGUGCGAAGCCCAUCAAAUAGCAAAGUUGACAUGGAGAAGCUACCGUUGGCCGUUGAAUCUGAAACUUUCAGCAGUAUGACGAGAAAAUUGGAUGGUGCAGUGGGUCUCAGUUCUCAAAUCAAAACUGUAUCAGAAGAUAGUGAUGGAGAGGCCUGUAAGGAAAAACAUUCUGCAAUCAAGAGUGUAGAAGAGAAAUUUGAAGCAGUAUUAUCACUGAAGAGGCCCUCUGAUCAGGAAACCAGAAAUAGAUCCCUCAAUAACAGCAAGGAAAUGAGCCCUGUUAAAGUUGUCAAUGGAGUUGCCGUUGUACCAGGAAGGACUCGCACCCUGGUUGAGAGAUUUGAAAGGAGAGAGAGAUUUAGUAGCAAUGAUGAUCAAGCAACGGGCGUAUUUGGUCCCGUGAUACCUGAAUAUCAAGCAACCAGCAUAUCUUGUACUGUGAUACCUGAAGAUCAAGCAAGUAGCAUAUCUAGUCCUGUGAUGCCUAAAGAUCAAGCAACUAGCAUAUGUAGUCCCGUGAUACAUGAAAUGGAUAAAGCAUUCACCAUGCAGCGAGAAGAAGAACCUCAAAUUUCUGGGAGGCACAUGUCAUCUGCAAACAAUGAUCCUGCUGAAGAUCUGAUGCAAACUCAUGAUGCAUUCCUAAGUACCCUUCGAUCCCGCCUGACAAAACUGCAGGUGGUGAGGCAUUUUUGGGAACGAAAUGAUAUUAAAGGUGCUAUCAGUGCUAUCAGAAAGCUGCCAGAUCAUUCGGUACAAGCAGAUGUGAUUAGUGUUCUCCUGGAGAAAAUGGAUAUUCUGACAUUAGAUCUCUUUUCGUGUUUGCUGCCUGUGCUUCUGGGCUUACUUGAUAGCAAAAUUGAGAGGCAUGCAAAUGUGUCAUUGGAGAUGCUGUUGAAGCUUGUAGCAGUCUUUGGCCCAGUGAUACGGUCUACCAUUUCAGCACCUCCAGCGGUCGGAGUCAAUCUUCAGGCAGAGCAAAGGCUGGAAUGCUGCAACCAAUGCUCUGUACACCUGCAAAAGAUCCAGAAAAUUCUCCCAGUCUUUGUAAGUCUAUCCUGUUAUUUUGUUUGUAGGAAGGGGGGCGUGCUGGCAAGAUGUGCUCUAGAAUUGAAUCUAAUUCUUCAAGAGUCAUAACAGAUACCGUCUGUCAGAACUGCAAAAAGGUGGCUUCGCUGAUAUAAUGUGUAACAGGAUUGCAUACACACAUUCAUCCCAAGUUACAGUUCCUAUCACAAUUGUCUCAAUGCUCUCUACCUCCUCUAGUCAUACACCGAGUCACUUAAUAUUGGUAGACUAGCUCAGGAAUUUUGUGAGGCAAAGAUUAAAGCAGUAUCAGUCUUGCCUGAGGAGCUUGAAGACAGAAGUAGUCAUCCCUUCCUAGGGUCAUCUUCAGCAUUACUUAAUAUCGGUAUACUAGAGCUCUAGAAUUUUGUGAGGACAGUCUUGCCUGAGGAGCUUCAUGACGGGAGAAGUGAUCCCUGCAGUAUUCGCGUUCAGGCAUUGUGCAAAUUCUCCUGAUUUUGAUGGUCUGAUGUGGGAGAUUGCAAUUUGUGUCUUCAUUACCGUGUAUCUAAUUCUCAUAUAUAUGUACAUUGCAAUGUAGAUCCUUCAAUGAUAUAAAUAUAAAAAUUAAAAAUA